AUGGAUUCGUUACUGAUUGUGCAAGUAUUUGACUGGGACCUGAUCGGUGUCGAUGAUCUGAUUGGAGAGACCAAGAUCGAUCUGGAGAAUCGCUACUACAGCCGUCAUAGAGGCACCUGUGGGCUGGCGCAGAAAUAUGAAUUUGUUGCCAGUUUACGUUACAAGAAGAAGAAAACGAAUAGGAACGCGGGUUAUUGCUUUUGCGGCAAAUGUCUUCCUGUGUGA